AGAAGGCGGAAGCAGCAGCGACAGCCGCGGCUGGGGCUGAGGCUCUGGCCGUCGGCGGACGCGGCGGCUGCUGCCCUCGAACCCGGAGUCUGGCGUCGGAAUCACUCGGUCUCGGAGCGCCGCGUGUGUUGGCGACCGGGAGCCUUCCCGGUCGGCUGUGGCGUCUGUGCGUGGGCGAGCGGUGUGUAGCCCAUGGAAGUCAGAAGAAGGUAUAGAUCCCCAGGAGCUGAUAAGUGGUUCUCAGACUCUGCUGUGGAUGCUGGAUCUGAACUUGGGUCUUCUGGAAGAACUGCACUUGUUCUUAACUGCUGAGCCAUCUCUGCAGCUUCCAAGGAGGGACCUUGAACAGAUUGACUGAUAACAAAGCCACUAUGAGUCUGUUAAACUGUGAAAACAGCUGUGGGUCCAGCCAGUCCUCAAGUGACUGCUGUGCUGCCAUGGCCGCCUCCUGCAGUGCUGCGAUGAAAGAUGACAGUGUGAGUGGGUCCGCCAGCACGGGGAACUUCUCCAGCUCCUUUAUGGAGGAGAUCCAGGGAUACGAUGUGGAGUUUGACCCACCUUUGGAGAGCAAGUAUGAGUGCCCCAUCUGCUUGAUGGCGUUACGGGAAGCAGUGCAAACACCAUGUGGCCACAGGUUCUGCAAAGCCUGCAUCAUCAAAUCCAUAAGGGAUGCAGGUCACAAGUGUCCAGUUGACAAUGAAAUACUGCUGGAAAAUCAACUGUUUCCUGACAAUUUUGCAAAGCGAGAGAUCCUUUCCCUAACAGUAAAAUGCCCAAAUAAAGGCUGUUUGCAGAAGAUGGAACUGAGACACCUCGAGGAUCACCAAGCACAUUGUGAAUUUGCUCUUAUGAAUUGUCCCCAAUGUCAACGUCCUUUCCAAAAGUGCCAGUUUAAUAUACAUGUUAUGGAGGAUUGUCCCAGGAGACAGGUGUCUUGUGUAAACUGUGCUGUGUCCAUGCCAUUUGAAGAAAAAGAGAUCCAUGAUCAGACUUGUCCUUUGGCAAAUAUCAUCUGUGAAUACUGUGGUACAAUCCUCAUCAGAGAACAGAUGCCUAAUCAUUACGAUCUGGACUGCCCGACAGCACCAAUCCCUUGCACCUUCAGUGUUUUUGGUUGUCAUGAGAAGAUGCAGAGAAAUCACUUGGCGCGACACCUGCAAGAGAAUACCCAGUUGCACAUGAGACUAUUGGCCCAGGCUGUUCAUGAUGUAAACCUUGCUUUGCGUACAUGUGAUACUUCCUCUCCGUCCCGGGGAUGUUGUCCAGAGGACCCAAAUUAUGAGGAAACUAUCAAACAGUUGGAAAGUCGCCUAGUAAGACAGGACCAUCAAAUCCGGGAACUGACUGCCAAAAUGGAAACUCAGAGUAUAUAUGUAAAUGAGCUCAAACGGACCAUUCGAACCCUUGAGGACAAAGUUGCUGAAAUGGAAGCACAGCAGUGUAAUGGGAUUUACAUUUGGAAGAUUGGCAACUUUGGGAUGCACUUGAAAUCCCAAGAAGAGGAAAAACCUGUUGUCAUUCAUAGCCCAGGAUUCUACACAGGCAGACCUGGGUACAAGCUGUGCAUGCGCCUGCACCUUCAGUUACCCACUGCUCAGCGCUGUGCAAACUAUAUAUCCCUGUUUGUCCACACAAUGCAAGGAGAUUAUGACAGUCAUCUCCCCUGGCCCUUCCAGGGCACCAUACGCCUUACAAUUCUUGAUCAGUCUGAAGCAGUAAUAAGGCAAAACCACGAAGAGGUCAUGGAUGCUAAACCAGAGCUGCUUGCUUUUCAGCGUCCCACAAUCCCACGGAACCCCAAAGGUUUUGGCUACGUAACAUUUAUGCAUCUGGAAGCCUUAAGACAGGGGACCUUCGUUAAGGAUGAUACAUUAUUAGUGCGCUGUGAAGUCUCUACCCGCUUUGACAUGGGUGGCCUUCGGAAGGAGGGUUUCCAGCCACGAAGUACUGAUGCAGGAGUCUAGCAUCCAUUUACUUGGGUUAAAAAAACUACAGACCAUAUGGAAAACUAGUUCCUUCCUUGCCUGCUCCCAGUAAACAGUAUUCAGACAAGCAGUGGGAAAGGCGUAGCACCAGCAGCAAGUGUCGACAGUGAGGUUCCUCCACUGCUUACUGUUACAAAUACCUGAGGCAGUCUUCACGGGAAUCUACAAAUCUACAUAUCCCCUGCGUCUUCAGAAACCUAACAUUGGCGGGGCCUGUGGCUCAUCUGUCAGUUAGUAUACCUCUUUGUUGUACUUCAUGGACUUUUUCCGGGUACUUCACUGUAAAAGAAAAAAAAAAGGCCAGAGUUAGUGUGCUGAAGCUGGAUUGUUUAAUAAUGCUAGGUGCCGUAGAAUCGUGGGCUGGUUUUAGGAUGUUUAGGUACUAUACUAAGCAGAAUCACUACUGCCUGUGCUGACACCAGUGAGGAAGUUGCUGCUCUGGUACUGAGUUCUCAUUUUAGUGGACGCCUGUGAAUUUCAGAAGCUUUGCUCCAUGGCCCUGGAAUGUCUAAGUUCUCAUGCGCUCCCUUUUAUUGUUCUCCAAGGGUCCAGCGACUGCUUUAGUCCUUCCUUACUCAGUGUGAGCGUUUUAUCUGUUGAGCACCAAGUACUUCUUCCCUGCUUCCAUAUUUUGAGGCUCAGGCAGCAGCUUCUCCAGUUUGUAAUAUGUGGUAAUGUGGUUGCCAACUGUUAAGUGCUGUGGCCAUGUAAGCUUCCUUGUCUUUGCAGUGUAGCUUGGUGUCUACAUCCCUGUGCACGUCUUCUGUCGCUUGCAGACAGAAUCACCAACAUAAACAUUCGAAGUGAUUCAGCUCACCAGCCAUUAUAGGUCAUCCGCGGAUGACUGCAGAACUCUUACAGCCAGGGAACUUGUCAGCCCUCUUGACUGCCUUUUGAUUUAGCUUAGUUAAUUGAAAUAGAACUGAUUUUCUCAACGGACUGGAGAGAUGGCUCAGAGGUUAAGAGCACUGGCUGCUCUUGCAAAGCCUGGUUCAACUCCCAGCCCCUGCAUGGCAGUUCACAACUGUCUGUGACUCCAGUUCCAGGGAGUCCGACACCUUCAUACAGACAUACAUGCAGGCAAAGCACCAAAGCACAUAAUUUGAAAAUUAAUAAAUAAAAUAGAUUUCCUCAAAACAGAGUUUGUUAAAACUUGAGAAAGUGUAGGUCCUUGAGAGAUGACUAAACCAAGGCUGGCAGUCAUAAUGGUUGUAUGAACACCCUGCUCAGUGCCAGCCUGAGCACGUUCUGUCGAGUGUCGUGGUGUGGAGCGGGCAUUUUUGUGCUGUUCUGUGUCUGCUAAUGGCCUGUGCAUAUAAAGUACUGUGGAAGUAGUUCUCAGGGACUCCUACAUCUAAUUAGAGCAUUGGUGAAGAACCUAAGGGGAUCUGUCUGCUGCUGUUUACACAAGAUCGUUCAAGUUUUCUGGUAGGAAGAAAAGGCACUUCUGUCUCCGGCCAAAUCAGAGCCACUGGCCAGCGCUAGAUCUGCCCUGCUUCCCAGAGGACACUCAGAGACCUGGGUGGAGGAAGGAGUCUGAUUUUCACUUGUAGCCUGUCCCCGACAAGUGGCACUUUGACCUCAAUUUUUCUCUCAUUGCUUCCAUUCCACCCACAAAGGUGAAGGAAAGGCUUUGUCCCCUACCUUACACAAGCUCACCAUGCAUCACCAGUUGGUUUCCUGGUGGUGUGGGUCUUAGCUGGGCCUUUAGUAGCCCCUGAGCCUCUUGCAACACCUCCCGCCUAGGGAAGCCUCAUUGUCCUAUUCCUGCAGUUGAUUCCUGAAAAAGCAAGCAAUAGUUAUUUUUUUAUUUACUUUUGAAAAUGUACUCAACUAUUUGAGGGUCUAUUUUCUGUGUGUAUUCUAUUCUUAAUUUUUUUUGUAUUCCAUAGUCAGCAUUUUUAUCAGUUAAGUGUUACCACAAAAUAUCAGCCCCCCCCCUUCCCCUCUCAGUUUGAAAAAGGAAAUGAUAUUUAAAAGCUUCCUGGUCAGAUUUCUAUUUAAAAGAUGUCUGUAUUAGGUACUAAGAACAGUCAUUUCCUGCCUUGGUUUUGGCCUUUUUUUUUUUAACUCCAGCGUCAUAAGUUUUUUGCCUAAGUUAAACUUUUCCCAACAUGGUGAUGUUCCUGCCUAUGAAACAAAUUGGACUAGAAUGCCUCUAGCGUAUGUGUUGAGGAGCUCAGUGGUAAGCCACAAAACAUUGACAGUACUUGCUUUACCAGUGGAAAAUUGGUGUGACUGUCCCCACUACUGACAUGAUCGCUUUACUUAAUGUCCAUCAGCUGAUGUGCAUCUUAGCAUAGUUUUAUAACUUCCUGCAUUUGGUGUUUGUAAUAAACGAGUCAGCUAGUUUAUGAUACUCAGUCACCAUGGAUACAGAAUAAAAAUAAUCAAGCUGAUAUUAAAAGACAGCCCUUGACAAGGUCUACUCAGAAUCAAGUUUUAACCUAGAAAGCUGGUUUCUUAAUUGUCUCCCCACUCCUGAACAUUUCCUCUUUCACCAGUUAACCUGUAAGAGUCUGACCUGUGUCUACAGUGUGUUGGCCAUGGUUUCUUAACAAUCUAGAACAUUGCUAUUUUUCAAAUUGUUUUUUCUUCCAAAAAUGUCCAACUUAUUAUUGGAGAUUUUUUUUCCAAGUCAAAUAUCUUCUAUUAGAAAUCAAGCCUGUUGGUGAUUGUAGUUUGGUAAUUGGCUACUGUCCUUUGGGUGUGACCAUUUCUGGCUAUUCAACUUAACUUUCAGAGACUGAAGAGGGGAAAUGGUGGAUUAGAAUGCACAAGUGCUUUUUCACCCUAACAAGAACUGACCAGCGCUGGGUGAUUUCUCAGUUAAAUUUUAUGACUGGCGUAAAGCUGAGUUUUUACCAGUAUCAAGCAAAGUAAGACUAACUUGUGAAUUAUGUGUGCAAUUAGACUAUUCUCUUACAGAGAAGUUGCUUGCUGCUGCUUUACCUAGACUCUCAAUCUCUUGUGACCAGAAAGGUUUUAAUUACUAGAGAGCUUAUUCUAACUUAAGACUUUGAAGGGCUUUUUUUUUUCUUUCUCUUUCCUGUUAUUAACCCACUUCUUUUCUGACAUGCCUAAAAUUCUCUUCAUUGUCUUAACAUAAAAUGUCAUUACAUUUUUUGUGGGGUGUUGGGUGGUUAUUUUCCUAGAUGCCCGAAGCGGGUGACUAGGGCACAGUCAAUAAUCAUCUGAUUGUCUACUGAAAUACUCUUUAAAUGUCAGCAGGCUCAGAAGAGCUGUCUUUUGUCUCACAGUGGAUGUAAGUGUCUGUGGAAUGGACUGGUGUUUCCCAAUUCCCAGAAUCCAGAAAAAUGAACCAAAUGUGAUCAACCCGAACAAGUUAACACUUGUUCACGUGCCUUUAAGUCACUCGAAUGGAAUUAACCUAGUUCUUUCUCUGAAGGUCACCUGUGUCCUUGAUGUUUUAAACUGCUCAACCCCCAACCAAAAAAAAUCGGGUUAAUAAAAAGAUAAAACUGGACAACGAUUCUAGUUCAAAUUGUGGAGUGUGGAGAGGUGUUCCUUGUCCUGCCCUGUGUCUCCUUAGCAGACACUUAGUGUCUCCUGUGUGUCCCUACCUGGCAGAGAAGGGGAAGGGUGGCCUGCAGGACACUUGCCACUCAGAAUGUAGCACCGUCUGUCUCCUGGAUCCGCAGUUCCCUUCUGUCCAGGACCCAGUGAGGGCCAAGGUCCUGUUCUAGUCGCUGCCGAACCCCCCGUUCUCAGCAUACUGUACAUGGGCCUGAGCAGUACAUGGCAGCACCUAGUGGAAGCCAGCUGCUUCCCAGGUAGGCCGCUUAUGUAAGGUUGCUAAGGUGAAUGUUGUGGGUUUUGCGUUUUCCCCAGCACUUUAUCGUAACAGUUCUCAGAUACGGAGAUAGGUUUAAACCCAGUGGACAUCUGCCACCCAGGACAGUGUUACCCUCCAUGCGGCUCCUACUUCUCUUGAAGACUGUUCAGCCCUCAAAUAAUUAAACAGCUUGGAGUUGUCUCAGAUUUUCCUUGGAAACUUGUGAUAUUUUAUUGUAAUUCAAACUGUAUCCUCUGCUUUAUGUCAUCUUAGAGCUUGUGUGAAUGUUGUGUGGAGCUUUAAUCUCUUUUUGUCUACAGGAGAAUUCCCAUAAAGGGUUUACUUGGAGGUUCCUGGUUAUGCAGACUGUUCUAAUGUUACUUUCUUAUUUGAGUUAAUUCAGUGGAUAAGAGUGUAAUUUGGGGCACAUUUUGCUAAUAUAUAUGAUUUCAGGAUUAUGCUCCCUGGGGACUAAAGUGAUUUAGCAUAGAUACUAUAUUUGGAGUCAGGAGAUAAAUUGUUGCGGGGCUCUCUGCGACCUCUCUGCUAGCAUCAUGAUGGUCCUCAGGAGGCGAGAAGACAAUUCAGUUCAGCACGACUGUGCAAUUGUUAUUAGUUCAAACUUCAGGAGCCUGACCCCAAGUAGUUUUGGGGGGACAUAUUUAAGCACAGUACAGUUUGAUGGAAACUUUUCCAGUGAAAAUUAAUUCAGUCCUGGGUAUACAAUAAAACAUACGUAAAUCUCUUUGAGGAACAAAGUAAGCUAAAUAAAGAUCCAAUGUGACCACAUCAGUACUUCAUAAAGUACACAUGACACCUUCCAUAAUGGAUCCUGUAGACUUAAUGCACAGAAAGCUUUAGAUAGGGGUCUGUAGGAGGGUCAGAUGUGGUCUCCUGCCACACAGAUUGUCACAUAGAUAGACACUUUUCUGUUCCCAGCCUUCCAAGUGGAUCCCAUUCCUUAUCUUGAAGGAAUAGCCCUGUGUGCUGACAUUCCAGGUUCCCCUAGUGCUUGUCUCUGACUACUGGCUGGUCAUAUAUGUUCAGUUUUAUUCUGAGUUUAGUUGCCUGUAAAGUGGGAAUUUGAAAUUGAAAUAUUAUGGAGUAGGUAGCAUUAUUAAUGCCCAGGUCUGUUUUUGAGGGUAUUUUUAUAGACUUAGGGAAGGCGCUUAUAAUUUUAUAACUGAAAACUAGCAUGAAAUCUGACUUUAAAAAUCAAAAUGCAAUGACGAGAUGGUCACAAGCCUGCUGUGCUCCGAGUGCUGCUGUGGAAUUGGUAAGGGGACUCAGAGUUUCACUGUGUGAGGGGGAGUGUAAUGACGAGGUGUGUGUGUUCACAAGCUUAGGUUGCAGCAAGCAGGUUUGUUUGGGAACACACUCAGCCAGGUGCUAUGUAAAGCAGACCCUGCCUGGCCCCCACCAACUACCUUGCCUCACGCGGUUUCCCUCAAGCCAAUGCAGCUGAUUGCAGGAUUGAUGCAGAGGGAAGGUCUGAGGUUACUAUGCUGCAGACUCUGCACUCCAUCUAGUAGAUAGGUGUGACAUCUUCCCAAACCCAGGUCACACAUGUGCACUCCCGUUCAUCUUGCAAGAGACACCUGGGUCUGACUUUCAUGUGUGCCUUAGCUGUAAAGAUGCGCCAAAAUGUAUGCCUUGAGUUGUUUUGAACGUGUCGACUGACAUACCUCCUCCCCUUCUUCCUUAUCAGCCUGUAUAUUGCACACUCUUUACAGAUGAAUACUUAAUUGAAAUAAAAUAUAGAUGCAAAUA